CCAAACCACAGGCCACACACGCCUGAACUGACGGGGUGUCAUCAAACGGACUACGGAGUUGACACUGUAGACUCCUCUCCCCCGCGUCGCCCCGAUCAUGGCGUCGUCGGCGGAGCCGCCGCCGAAGAAGCGGAGGCUCGUCGAGGUCCAUGUCCCGUCCCCGGCCCCGAGCCCCUCCUCCUCCUCCGCUCCCGCGCCGGCCUCGCCACGGUCCCCGGUCCCGCCCCCUCCGGGCGUGCCGCCGCCGCCGCCGCCUCCCCCACAAACCCUAGCCGCCGCCGCCUCCCCGCGGCCGGAGGAGGCCGUACGCAAGCGCCGCAACAGGGAGGAGCUGCGGGGCCUCUUCGAGUGCUACCGCCGCAUCCGCCUCUGCGUGGAGCGCAAGGACGCGCGCCUCCUGCCCGAGCUCGAGCAGGUGUACCUCUCGCUCAUCGCCAGCUCUCGAGGUUGUACAAGCGUUCAACGUAUUUUAGCUGACUUGAUUCCUCAAUAUGCCUCAUACUGCCCUACUGCACUUGAGGCAGCUACCAAAGUUUCCAUCAACAUGUAUAAAUGGAACCUGGCCAUUGUAACAAGAGGGGAAGAUGUGGAUGGUGUGGCAUACCAGACUGCUAGGGCUUGUAUUCUUGGCUUAACUGACAUAUGCUCCACAGCAUCCUGUGAAGCACCCAAAUCAUCUGUUUUAACAGGAAUCUGCUCUGCAGUUUAUAUUACUGUCCUCACAUUCUUCAUUUCAACAUUUGAUGGGAAGGAUAUCUAUCACAUAGGCUCAAGAAAACUUCUAAAUCUUCAGGACCCUGUGGAGCUGUUAGACAUUCUAAAGCAGGAUUCAGGGGGUGACAACCAACAGGCAGACGACUGUUUAGUUGAACUGAGAGCACUUUCAUUGCUAUGCAUAUUUCUUUUAUUUCCAGAGAACAUACUAGAUGCCUGUUUUGCGCUGAUUGCUUCUGCAGAAGAUGUAAACGGAGAAGGAUUGUACUUUCUAAAGCAGCUAACCUGCCAUCUGAACAGUGGUAUCAUAACUGAUGCUCUCGAUGUUCAGGGGGAUGGAAUCUCCCAGUGUACAGGAAUGGACGUAGAUCAUCCUAGCACCAAAGAAUCUGUUGAUUCCAAUCUAUCUUCUCAUAGUGUUGGUGUUUCAGGAAGUUCUAUGUUGCAGCCAAAUGAGUGUUACAUGACAAUGGCCAUCUCUAGGCAUCCAUCUUUGAAAGGCUGGAUAUUAUUGAGGUACAAAAAGCUGUGUGAUUCCUGUAGAACUGAUGUGGUUUCAGAGGUAUCAUCGUGUUUAAAUGUUUUGGGCUCUUUAACACAACUUGAAGACAAUAAAAGUCACAUGGGCAGUGAAUCAUCAGUGCUGGACAAGAUUGAUGAAAAUUCAGGGGGGUAUUUGCAACCCAAUAAAUUGGCAUGUUCAUAUGAACAGAGAAUGCUUUUGAAAACUGAUAUCGCUGAUAGAUAUGGAGGGAAAACUGUGCAGAAUAAGAAUGCACAGAUGGUGCAUACUGAUGAGGUGAAAACUGAGAAGUUAGCAGAUGUCAAACUCGAUGUCUGCAAGCAAGGAAAUGUAAUUUCUGAUGCAGGGCAUCAAGCUGCAAGACUUGAUAUGCACACACCAAAAUCAACACAUGAUUCUGCUGGGGGAGCUGCAACUCUCACUUCUCCGGGGCAGAAUUUUGGAAAGGCGAAGCAUUCAUAUUCAGAACCAUCUGAUCUUUAUGGUGCUCAUUUCUCGAGGGAUGUGAUUUCAGUUUCAAAGGAACUUUGGAUUGGUUCACUGGGAAAUAGUGCUGCAGAGUCACUAGUUAGAUCGAAAUUUGAGGAGUUUGGCCCCUUAGCAAACUUCUUAUUUUAUCCCCCAAAGAAUUUUGCCUUGGUUGAGUACGGGAACAUAAUGCAUGCUGUUCAUGCAUAUGGAUGUAUGCAGGGUUCCUCUGUUUGGGGUGGUGGUCUCCAAAUAAGGUAUUUAGAUAGACUUAUAGGCAGCAAGGGAUUUGCUAGUGGUAUAGCUGUUGGUGAAAGUCGUCAUAUUUAUGUUGCUAAAGUUAAGAACAAAAAAGAUAAAGAUGAGGUGUUUGAUGAAUUAAAGGCCGCAGGGUUGAAGAGGCCAUGUAGCUUUACAGAUAUUUCCAGUGAAAAUGCUUUGCUUCUUGAAUUUGAGACAGCAACUGAUGCAGCUGCUGCGAAAGCCCAUAUUAGGCGCCAGCUUCAUCCAGAUGUCUGUUCCCAGGACAAGAAUACUUCUGGUCAUGAACUUUUUGUGCGGAACAUAGACAAUUCAGUCCCUGACAUGGAGUUUAUCAAUGCAUUUUCACGAUUUGGUGAGGUCAUAAGGUGGCAGUUCAAUAAGCUUGAUGGGAACUGCUUGAUAGAUUAUAGAUCACCUAAUGCUGCUGCCACUGCAAAAUCUCACCUGCAUGGUGCAAGAUUUGGGCUGAAGUCAAUUAGUGUUGAAUCGAGAUCUGUGCAUGAUAAAACUUUGUCGCCUUCUGUUCCAAUGCUAGCCCCGAGUGUUUCUGACAGCAGUCACCAUGAGAUCAGGAAUCCAAGGGUUUCAGGGUAUAAUGCAGGCUUCACAGUACCAACAGAGCGACCAAUUUAUGGUCCAUCGGCUCCCAGAGCUCCACAAGGCAUCCUUCCAUGCCCACCUGUUUCUGCACACCGUGGUCCUGUAAUACCACCGCCACCUAUUCAAACUUCUUUUGUCCGUCCUGUAUAUCCUGGUCCAGGAAGUCCGUGGGAAAAUACUACCCCAAAUCCAUCCUUCAGUCACGCUUCUCCUCGAAUGAUGCCUGGAAGUAGCUUCCGUAUGAAUCCACCUGCUCCUCUUCCUUUUAUACCAUCUUCUGUUACCCCUCUUACACAGUUUCCUGGAGGUUCAGCACAGCAGUCUGAGAAAAGGCCACCUCCACCUCCACCUCCACCAAAUGUAGCCCCCCCACCAUUUACUCGUCAAGAUAUACCACCCCCACCACCAUCUCCACCACCACUACCUAUUACUCAGCCACCUUCUGUGCCACCACCCCCAAAUUCCCCUCCUCCGCUUCAACCUGCUACUGACCCUUCUGACUCACAAAAGCAACGUUCUCAUCCUCGAUGGCAGGGCUCUCUUUCAAAAAGUGGUUUACAUUACUGUUCAAUCUAUGCAAGUAGAAUAGAGUUGGAUGCUUGUAGAUAUGAACAUGCAGUUUCUGAACCGACAGGGUGGCCUUCAAGAUUAGAUGUGACAAAGCGAACGGAUUACCAACAUGUGAAGACAACUUUCUCCAAUACUCCACCUAGCAAAAGAGAGGUCUGUCGGCUAUUACCCUGUUCGAAUGGUGAUCAGAAAGGGUUCCGGGAUUUUAUAUCCUAUCUGAAACAGAGAGAAUGCGCCGGUGUGAUCAAGAUUCCAUCUGUCAAGCCAUUGUGGUCAAGGCUACUAUUUAUCCUUCCUCCCACGCCUGAGGCCUGUGGGAUGCUAGAACUUCCGCCCCAUCCGACCGAAUGCCUAAUUGCACUGAUUUUGCCAAAGGAGACGACUGCUGAAGCGACCUAACAUGAUUGUCGCGUAGACACAUUCCGUAACCUCGUUGCUUCCAGUUUCGUGCACAGUAAACAAUUUUGCAUGAAUGAUACUAAGUUCCUACAGCUGCUUAUGAAUAAUAUGCUUCCAGUUUCGUGCACAGUUAACAAAUUUUCAUGUUUUCUUUUGACGAGACACCAAUACUGUACUUAUUCCUUUUGCUGCAUAACUGAUAUAUAGUUGCUACAA